AUGUUUUCUUCUGCCUUAAAGUCCUUUAGCUCAAAUAUUUCCUCAAAUUACCAGAUAUGCCCGACCCACUCUUUCACCUCGGGGCCCUGGAAGGUCCAUGAUGGGAAGAAGAAAGGUACCGGCACUCCGGCCUCCGUCUUUAUUUUUGACCGCAAAUCAUUAGACUCCAAGGCGGGUGGCUUUGGGUCGCGUUCCAGUAAUUCCUAUCUCAAGAAGCUACAAGAGGGCGUGAUUGAACGACUGAAGCGGGAAGCUUCUAAUCUAGCGAGGCUCAGGCAUCCGUCUAUUCUCCAAAUUCUUGAGCCUGUGGAAGAUACAAGGAAUGGCGGACUGAUGUUUGUUACGGAGCCAUUGACUGCAUCUUUGGCCGGGUUGCUUCAGGAAAAGGACGAGCAAGAGAGAGCCGGGGGUCGAACGAGUCGAUACGUUAUAGAGGCUUCAGAUGGUUCAAAGCGACGAAGAGAUCUCGACAUUGAUGAACUUGAAAUUCAAAAAGGACUGCUUCAGAUCGGCAAGGGCCUCGAAUUUCUGCAUGAAUCCGCCGCACUCGUCCACGGAAAUCUUACUCCGGAUGCCAUUUAUAUCAAUUCUAAGUCUGACUGGAAGAUAUCCGGUCUCUCGUUUUCAGGCCCAGCUGACUCGCAAAGUACUUCAACACUACCUCCCCUCGCUCUAUCUGAAGUUUUGUAUCACGACGCCCAACUUCCCCCUUUUGUCCAGCUAGACUUGGACUACACUUCGCCAGACUUUGUUAUCGACUCAAAUAUAUCAACCGCAGCGGACCUUUUCUCUCUUGGACUGUUAAUAAUUGCGCUUUAUAAUUCUCCACACAUCUCUCCUCUUCAAAGCCACCAGAGCAUCAAUACAUACAAGAAGCUCUUAUCAUCGCCCUCGACAGUUCCCUCUCAGAACAACUCUUUCUGCUGUUCCAGACCAAUUCCGAAAGACCUUCAGUCGGAGAUUCUUCCGAGAUUAAUUACAAGGCGACCAGCACAGCGGAUGAAUGCUCGGGAAUUUCAGCAGGCCCGGUAUUUCGAUAAUGUUCUUGUAUCAACCAUACGAUUUCUAGAAUCCUUCCCUGCUAAGACGCCAAAUGAGAAAUCCCAGUUUAUGAGGGGCCUCUCACAUGUCUUACCUGAGUUUCCUACUUCUGUGCUGGAGAGAAAAGUGCUCCCUGCCUUGCUAGAGGAGGGUAAGGAUCAUGAGCUUCUGCCGCUCAUUCUACAAAACACGUUCAAAAUAAUCGACCGCCUUCCGGCUGGGUGCCGCGUUGUGUCCGAUAAAGUACUUCCCCAGUUGAAAGUAUUAUUCCCUUCUUCAAAUGGCAAAGCCACCACUGUAGAACGAGGCAGUGGUAAAGAUGCAGGUCUUAUGGUUAUUCUUGAGAAUAUUAAACUGUUAGCUGAGAAUUGUUCUGGGAAGGAGUUUAAAGAAGAUGUUUGGCCUUUGAUUUCUUUGGGCUUAGACUCUCCUACUCAUUCGCUAGUCGACACGUCUUUAAGAUGCCUUCCAGCUAUGCUUCCCGUACUUGAUUUCUCCACUGUCAAGGAUGAAGUGUUCCCGCCGAUAGCACUUGUGUUUAGUAAAACAAGUAGCCUAGCUAUCAAAAUACGGGGUUUGGAAGCUUUUGUUAUCCUCUGUGGCGGAUCUCUCGACUCUCCGGAUUCUUCGGAUGACCUUUCCGGGAUUAAGAGUGCACCUAAAUCUCAACAUGUGGCUUCUUCAUCCAUUCUUGAUAAAUUUACAAUACAGGAGAAGGUAGUCCCAUUAAUGAAAGGAAUCAAAACCAAAGAACCCGCUGUGAUGAUGGCGGCUCUGAAAGUAUUUAAACAAAUUGGUCAUCAUGUGGAUAUCGAUUUUCUAGCACUGGAGGUUCUUCCAAUUAUGUGGACAUUUAGUCUUGGUCCGUUGCUAAAUGUGCAGCAAUUCACUAGCUAUAUGGAUCUUAUCAAGUCGUUGUCGUCGGUUAUUGAGAAAGAGCAGACUAAAAAGCUUCAGGAGUUGUCAUCGACAUCCAGUGGUGACAAAUCCCAAACUAGUACUUCCAGCGCUUUUGGUCCGCAAAUAAAUAUCAAUGGCGGCAGUACUGAUCAGGAGAUGGAUUUUGAAAGUCUCGUUUUAGGGAAGGCUCGCACGGUGACAUCUCCUUCCAAUGUGUGGGGAACUCCGUCAGUGCCCUCUCUUCAGCCAAUAUCGCCUGAUACUGGACCUAAGUUCUCAUGGUCCUCGUCAAAUAGUGCUUUGGGGGUAUCGCCUAACCCACGGUCAAUUACCCCAGAUACAAAAAUUGGUUCGUUUCCUGUACUCAAACCUACAAGUGGACAAGGCACGUCCUUCUACCAGCAGCCCACAACAAGUCUAUCCUGGAAUACAACACUCUCAAAGCCGUCGCUGAACUUGCAGUCAAGUCUUUCUAAUACUCCUCCGCUAGCACCGUCCACGUAUGCAACGCUUCAGCCGACCCAGCAGCCCAUGACGACAGCGGCAAUGUUUACUAUACCUCCACCUCCCCCGAUAAAUCCUCAACAAUCUAACUCAUCGACAUCACGAUUUCUUCCCUCACCCCCGCCGACCACUUCUAAUACGAAAAAUUCUCCACCAAACCAGCCGGCAAGGUAUGGGCAACAGGGACAAGGUCUUGAUAAAUAUGAAAGCUUGCUUUAA